GACGAUGACGGUGACGUACACAGCACGGGUGGCCACUGCACGCUUUGGGGGCUUCUCGCAGCUGCUGCUGCUGUGGCGUGGGAGCAUCUAUAAACUGCUGUACAGAGAAGUGCUGCUCUUCCUGGGGGCCUAUCUGGGGCUGAGCAUGGCCUACCGGUUUCUGCUGUCGGAGCCACAGCGGCGCCUCUUUGAGAAGCUGGUUCUGUACUGUGACCGUUCUGCAGAGCUCAUCCCUGUUGCCUUCGUGCUCGGUUUCUACGUGGCGGUGGUGUUGGAGCGCUGGUGGGGGCAGUUCCGCAGCGUCCCGGCUCCGGACGGGUUGAUGUUGGCUGUGGGAUGCGGAGUGCACGGAGCGGAUGCUCGGGGCCGUAUCCUGCGCCGAACUUUGAUGCGUUACGGCAGCCUGGCGGCUCUGUUGGUUCUCCGAGCCGUCAGCACGGCUGUCUAUAAGAGAUUCCCCACCACCGACCACCUCGUGGAGGCGGGAUUUCUGACACGGGAGGAGCGGCGUCGGCUGGAUGCGCUGCGCUCGCCCUACAACAAAUUUUGGGUGCCCUGUGUGUGGUUUGGGGCGCUGGCGGGGCAGGCACGGCGCGAGGGAAGGGUACGUGAUGACUGCACCCUAAAGCUGCUGAUGGAGGAGCUGAACCGAUUUCGGGCCAACUGCAGCCUCCUCUUCCACUACGACUGGAUCAGCGUCCCCCUGGUGUACACACAGGUGGUGACCAUCGCAGUCUACGCCUUCUUUGCCACCUGUCUGAUCGGGCGGCAGUUCCUGGACCCGGCCCAGGGCUACGCGGGCCACGAGCUGGACCUGGGGCUGCCUGUCUUCACCCUCCUGCAGUUCUUCUUCUACGUGGGGUGGCUUAAGGUGGCCGAGCAGCUCAUCAACCCCUUUGGGGAGGACGACGACGACUUCGAGACCAACACACUCAUCGACCGUAACUUCCAGGUGUCCAUGCUGGCUGUGGAUGAGCUUUAUGGGGACGUCCCAACGCUGGAGAGGGAUCGUUACUGGGACAGUGCCAGCCCCCGUGCGCCCUACACGGCCGCCACCGCCGCCCAGCUGCGCCUGCCCAACUUCCGUGGGUCUGCCUUCGAUGUGACGUUGGCAAAGGAGGAGAUGCAGUUUCAACCACUGGAGGAUAUCGGGGAGACCUCUGAGCCCCCCCCACACCCCCCUAUGGCCACCUUCAGCUGCCACUUCUCCCUCCUACGCCACAAGAACAGUGCUGGCUGUGAAGGGGGGCACGGGGCUGAGCCCCCCCCAGGGGCACCCACUGAAGGAGAUGGGGACAGCCUGGGGGGGGACACAGCUGUGCUGCUGGGAAGCGUCACAGGGGAGUCACCCCACAGCUGGGACCUGCGCCCCACAGAUGAGAUGGUGUAGGUGGGAGGGGCCCAAAAUGCUGA